AUGGCUAAAUAUAGUGCUUAAAACUUGAAAACCUUAUUGCCUACUUAAAUCCAAGUAUUAAGAAACCUUUUCAAUAAAUUCCAUUUAUGGUAAUAACAAUAAAUAAUAAUGUAUCCUAGAUCACAAUGCAAAUAAAGAACGAUCUUAUAGAUAUAAGAUAUAAUUAUGAUGAUGUGAAUAUAAUGACACCAAUUUAUGCAAGUAAUCUACUAUAAAAUAAAUUAAAAAAUAGAAGUGAUUUAUUAUAUUCUCACAUAAACAAAUAAGGCUAUUAUAUAUUUUUAAUUGACUUAGUAAUAGAAAUUUUCUUUAUAAUUAUCUAAUUUAAUAAAAAUUUUAUCCAUUAUGUGAUAUCAUGUAGACUUUAAUGAA